AUGAGGAAGCUGCUGCAACAGAUUCCUCAAUUGUUGGAGAAAAUCAAAACAGUUGUUGCGGUUGUUGCUGAGGAAGCUGUUGCAACUAUAAAAUGGCGCCAACCAAAAGAAAAGAUCAGAAAUAAACUACGACAUCAAAUAGAUAUAGUAAAAGAGCUAAGGAUGUUAUUCACAUUAUCGUUACAUUGUCCUGAUAAGUGCUAUCAAGUCUUUCAUGUGGAUGAUAAUUGUUAUGGGAUUUUGUAUUUGCUAGAAGAUGCUCAUAAUGCUUUAACAGGAGGUCCUUCUACUUGGUUGGAAAAAACUACUUGUUUAGAAGCUAUUCAUCCGAAUACUGGUGUUAUAAUAAAACUGGAUAAUGAUGCUGAUUUAAACAUGUUGUUUAAUAUGUACAAGGAUUUGGGAAAGGGUGAGGUUCACAUAAAUUUGACUAUAAUGAAUGAAAUCCUUGAUGAAGCUGAGGGUGAAAUUUUACAGUGGACCGACGAUGAAGAAGAUGAAAAUAUGAUUGAGAAUAUGGAGGCUCACUCAGAUGACCAAAAUAUCGAUGAUGGUGUUAGUGAUGAUGAUGAAGCAAUUGAUCACCCAAUGGAAAAGGUAAGUGACAAAAUGCAAGGUGAGGUUUUCAAAUAUAUCUAUGAUGAGAAACUGAAGAAAGAGAUAGUUGUACUUAAAGUGGGGCAAAUAUUUAAUAAUGUCACUCAUUUUAGAGAAGUUAUGGAAGAAUUUGUCCGCCAAGAGGGUUUUCCUAUUGAAAAGCUAAAGAAUGAGAAGAGAAGGUUUAUUGCUAUUUGUAAAGAUAGAGGAUGUGAUUGGAAGAUUCGUGCUUCCCCUUACAGCGAUGGCAUAACUUACAAGAUUAAAAAAUUAAGCGGUCCACACACAUGCCUCCAAGAUAUGAAAGGUCAUGGAGCAACUUCAAGAUGGAUUGCGAAACAAUUUGAGUCAGAUUUCAGAGCCGAUUAUGAUUUGUCUGCGGAUAAACUUUAUGUUUCAUUGAAAGAGAAAUUCGGCCUCGAUUUUAGUAGUCAAAAGUUGUUAAGGGCAAUAAGGAUUCAAAGAAAAAUAGUUGUUGGAGAUCAUGAAAAGAAUAUACUGAAUCCCGGGUGCAAUCCAAUCCUUGAACACUUUUACAUUAGCUUUGAGGCACAAGGUUAUGGUUUUGUUAAUGGUUGUAGGCGCUUUAUUGGUGGUAUUGAUGCUUGUUUUUUGAAGGGCCCCUUUAAAGGACAAUUACUUGUUGCCGUUUCACUUGACGCAAAUUCAGGUAUUUUUCCUUUAGCAGUCAUGAUUGCUAAUAGGGAAGACAGGCCGACAUGGGAGUAUUUUCUUGAUUGCUUGUCCAAUUCUGUUGGAGCUAUUGGAGGCAUCACAUUUAUGAGUGACAGGCAAAAAGGGCUCAAGAAUGCCGUGAAAAAAGUUUUUCCCAUGGAAAAUCAUAGAUUUUGUGCAAGACACCUUUAUAACAAUUUUAAGGUAAAAAAUCCUGGUCCAAAGUUAAAACAACUUUUUUGGGCAGCAGUUAAGGCCUAUAAUGAGCAAGACUUUUUGCAAGUUAUGGAUGAGAUGAAAGAAAUAAGCAGAUCUGCUUAUAAUUGGUUGUUGUAUGACUGCAAAGAACCACUUGGGAGUUAA